AUAAAUGUGUUAAUUAUAUUUUGUAUUUCUAAUCUAAAUCUGCAAACUAACUAGUAACUACAACUGUCAAAUAAAUGUACAAUAUUUCCCUCAGAAGUACUUGAAUAAAUGUACUUAGUUUCCAUCACUGGGUUUAAGACACUGAUUUUGUAAUCACAACAUCCCAGGUUCAAGUCCUGUCGACUUUGUACUGUUUGCUGUCUAAUAAAGCCAAAAUGGCCCCCCCAAAAAGUAGUUUAAGCAUAUAAAUAAAUUGUGUUUUUUGUUCAAUAACUUAACUCUUUUUAUAAUGUGACAAAUUUCUUCAACAAUAUUUAACUGUUAACCUGUUUCCAGCCACCAAAAUGCAAUUUAAACUGUUUAAACAGGAAAUUUGUAAAUUUGGUCACAGAUUCCCCCUAGUGACUGUUUGAUGUUUGGGCAUGUUGGUUUUCUGUUGGCAUCAACUGUCUACAUUAAUACCGCAAUAAGAAAAAAACUAACUUCUAUUUCUCACAUAAUUCUGAAGAAAAUUGCAGAUUGAGACAGCAAUAAUUUCAGCCCAUGCAAUGUUCUAUAUGAGAAUGGAAACUAUAAACCACAUUUGAUGAGAACAUCCUUCCUGUGUAUUCAGAUGUCAGCGCCUGAUAAACAUGAGUCAAAGCACACUGGUUGAGAUCAGAUCACAGUGAUUCUUCUCACUUGUUCAAGCAAACCAGUGAACCAAAUGGAGUUGUUCAUUGUUCUUGUUUACUCAAUGUUUUUUAAAGCUUUUCCACAUGUAUUAUUGAGCUACACCGGAAUGAUCCAUGUUCCUUUUUUCUGUUUUUGUUUGGCUGCUGGACUCGCAGCAUCGUCUUCUCUUAGGAUUGUGGACAAACGUGGGGACUGCAAUCAGCUGGGUCUUGACAACUGUAAAAUUAAUAACUGCUCAGAGAAAAGCAUGGUCGUACAACUUGCUCCUACCAGCCCAGAGUGGGAGGCUGAGGAUGUGGGAGUCUGGAUGGACGAACAUGGGCCUGUUUCUGUUAUGAAUGUGACGUGGAACAUAAAGGCAGAUGGAGGUGUAUUAAAACUUCGUGGAUCCGUGAUAAAUAUUCUGGAUGAAGGUACAAAUCAAAGUAUGUGUGUGCAGUUUUCUUACAAACUCAACCAAACGCAAAAUCCAAACCAUAGCAGGUGGACAUUUUCCUUGGAUGGAGUUGUGGUAGAGCCUGGGCAUACAUAUAUGGUGUCAGUUUUUAAUUUGCCAGAACCUGAGAGGAGAGACUACAGGAUUAGAAAGCAAAUUACCAUCCCAGGAUGUGAUGACAGGAGAAUACAACAGGCCCAAAUGUGUCUGGAAAAUGGUAGUCUAUGGAAUCCUCACAUGACCGCUGAUAUGUCUGUGGAUAAGGAACAUAGAAAGUUAUCCAUUGUUGUGGGUUUUGAGGCAGCACAGUAUUCAGAGAGAUACAAAGUCUCCAUCUGGAGUCAUGGUUUCCAUUACUCAAAGAAUGUCUCAAAGGAAAACAGAACACUGCUGAAUGUGACAUUUGAGUUCGGUUUGUGGCAGCUCUCACAGUGUAAUAUAUCAUUAAUGAUUCAGCCAUUUUUUAUUCGAUGCAAGAAUGACUGUUUGCGCCCCGAGAUAGAAAUCGAUUACUGCCCGUAUUAUCCACCACGGACUUUGAUGAUAAAGGCAACUGUGGGGCUGUUUCUUAUUGGCAGUUGUCUUGCUUAUUUACUCUGGAGAGUAUCUCAUAAAGAUCCUGUAAACACAUCCUCAUCUGGCACCAGAGAGCAACCAGAAGGUUUUCAAGUGCAAGAAAGAAAAAAAGUCCUCGUCAUCUACUCCCUUGACCACCCUUUAUACAAAAACAUUGUUCUCAAGCUUUGUGCCUUCCUGGCGACCAAAUGUGGCACUGAAGUGGUCCUGGAUCUGCUGGACUCUACAAGAUUGGGAGUGUUGGGAAGCAUCCAGUGGUUGGACUGGCACAGAGAACAAAUAGAAAACUCUUCAGAUAAGAUACUAAUCCUGUGCUCACGAGGAGUACAAGCCAAAUGGAGAGCCAUGUGUGGUGACAAACAGGUUUUUCUGAGAGAGGACACCCGCUCGCCUGUAGGUGACAUGCUCAGUCCAGCCCUCAGCCUCAUGGUCCCCCAUUUCAUUCGAUCUGCGUCAUUUGAAAAGUAUAUAGUGGCUUACUUUGACGAUGUUUGUUCUGAAGAAGAUGUUCCUUUGCCUUUCAAGAUUACAGUACGAUACAAGCUGAUGAAACAGUUUGAAGAGCUCUUUUUCAGAAUCCUGAACACUGAGCGUCACGAACCGGGCAGAGUGAAUCACAUUGAAGGGCUUUCAGAGGACGAGUACUACCACUGUCCCUCAGGUAGAGCCCUGUGGGAUGCCAUAGAGGCUUUUCAUGCGUACCAGCUGGAGCAUCCACUGUGGUUUGAAGAUGAAUUACUGGAAAGCUCAGAGUUGGAGGUUAAGGAGACAUCAGCUGAGAUUGAUGCAAAAACAAACCUCAUUGCAUAUUGUGUACCCAACUCAACCGGAGCCAUCAGUCAUGUAAAUACACAAGAAUGUGAUUUAACUGAAAACAGAACAGGAUUUUACAUUACUGAAGAGUUUCAAAUGUGCACCUCAGUUGAGUUCACUAUUUUUGAGAAUAUGCAGCCAGUUUGAUAUAAUCGCGUUAGUGUUUUGAGACAUCAAAGAAAGAUCUAAUCCACUGUUCGAUGAAAUCGUAGCAGUCCAUCAGUUAUGACAUCAUAGGAGCAACAGAAAUCUGCUGAGUGAACUCAGAGGAUACAAACAGAAAUUGGAGCAUGGCGUAAAACACGAGCAGUUAGCUGGUGUGUGGGCAAUGGAUGUAGAAGACUUGGAUGAAUUUGUAACUUCUUGCCAACCAGUUACCAAAUUUCAGUGUGAAUUUAAAAGAAAGGAAAUAUGUGGACACUUUAUACACAUUCAUGGUAUCAUUAAUGGUUUAGUUUUUGUAUUUUGCCAUGUAUCUGCUUGUCUUCAUAUCUGUUCUGCAGUAUUUUUGCAUGUUGCAUUAAUGUUAAAUAUCACUUGCUUUUACUACUCCAGAGUAGUUCAGACCACAGAGAUCUGUGGUUGAUGCUUGUGGGCUGUGUAAACAGUGUUUGGGUCAAAGUUCAGCCCUCUGGGCAAAGUUUCUAGCAUUUUUGUUGCACGGGAGAAGGUAAGUACUAAACCUUGUUUGUGGGACACUCUUUCAUGAGCUGAUGUAAUGUGCUAUGUUCUUUUUAACAUGUGAAAGCAUGGACGUUUUGAUAAAUAGUCAAUAUUUCUACCACAGGUAAAUGGUCUCCCUCCUACUGCAUAGAGCAUGUUUUUAUAACUCCUUUAGAUUGAGUCAGCUUUUCAGAUGGUUUGAAUUGUACUUUUCAUUUGUUCAUGUGUUUCUGAUCCACUCAGUUUCACUGAUGAGAUUAAAGACAGUGUUAAACUUAAAAUGCUUGUCUCAGAUAAGUUAUGGAAAAUGUAAUACGUUUCAGACAAUCUUUAGUGUAUAAAAGUAGGGGGAAGAUAAUACAGACCCCAGCUCUGGAAUGUGGGUGUCAGUUUCUGAAAGUGGCCCCCAAAAAGUGGGGAGGGGCGGUGGGAGUUUGUCCCAACUAACUGGAGCAAAGAAAAUCCUCUCAAUGGCUGAAUUGAACUUGUUCCUUGCAGUGACAGAAAACACUGCAGUGUUAUAAUUAGUCAAGCUGGGAAACAGGGAAUACCAGGGAACAAGACCCAAACGCAGGCAGAGCUGGUGCAGAUCACUAUUAACAGAAAGGCUUACACUGGAGAAGGGAGGCAACAGUAGCUCACAGCAGGUAAGCAGUCUCAAACAGAAGAAAGAAAAUCCAACAGUGGACAGGCAAUAUCCCAAAAUUCCACAAAUAGGAAAAGUACAGGGAAACAACAAACCAAGGCACUUGACAGAGGUGCAAAAACUAAUUGAAAAAGGACGGACACAGACUUAAAUACGCUUAGGUGAGGGCGACAACGAGACACGUGAAACUGAUCAAGACACAGGUGAAAACAAUCAGUGACAGGAAACAACAGUAAAAGACAUUUGAGGGAAGGAGACUAUUUCAAAAUAAAACAGGACAUAACAGAACACAAACCCCAAAACCAUGACAUGCAGGUUGUGAUGCAACUGGGGAGCCUAUUUGAUUUCUCCUGAAGCUGAGGUAAUGUAAUGUUUUGACAAGCACAUCGUGUGUGACCUAUACAGUUCUUAAAGAUUGGUCUAUACUAUAAAAUGUAAUAUAUGUAUGAAUAAUAUGUUAUAUCAUGAAAUGUUGUCUGAGGAAGUAAAUUUAGAAAUAAAAUCAAUCCUAUAGUCCCUUUA